AUGACGUUUUACCUCACUAUUUUACAUCUGCAGUCGCCAUGCCCUGAGAAUAAUGCAUCAUUCUUGUCACGUAUUACGUUUUGGUGGAUGACUGGUUUAAUGAUCACUGGAUAUCGUCACCCUUUAACUAAUGAAGAUUUAUGGGAUUUAAACGAAAAAGACAAGGCAUAUGAAGUUGCUCCACUAAUAACGACAGAGUGGAAUAAAGAGAUGCGAAAGAUGAAACACAGAGAUUCCUACUCAGGAACUUUGUAUUUAUUUUUCCAGGUCAGUAGUAGUCCCAGCUUGGCUCUAGCCUUGCUAAGAGCGUUUGGUGGAACAUUUUUCUUUGGUGGAUUCUUAAAGUUUUUGCACGAUUGCCUUGUAUUUGUGAGUCCACAACUGCUAAGAGAGUUAAUACGUUUUACGGCCAAUAAAGAUGAGCCCGUGUGGUCAGGUUAUUUAUGGGCAGCUUUAAUGUUCCUAUCUGCUAUUGUGCAAUCAUUGAUAUUACAUCAAUAUUUUCACCGUUGCUUUGUAACUGGAAUGCGAUUGAGAACUGCUAUAAUAUCUAUAGUAUAUCGAAAGUCUUUAAAACUAAAUAGCAUUGCAAAAAGACAGUCCACUGUUGGAGAGAUCGUCAACUUAAUGUCUGUAGACGCUCAGCGAUUUAUGGACUUAACCACCUACCUGCAUAUGAUAUGGUCUGCUCCAUUCCAGAUUGCCGUUUGUAUGUACUUCUUAUGGGAUACACUUGGCCCUUCAGUGUUGGCUGGUUUAGGCAUUUUGAUCUUAAUGAUUCCCAUCAAUGCGUACCUAUCGAUGAAAAUUCGUCAAUUACAGGUGCGACAGAUGAAAUUAAAAGAUGAACGUAUCAAGCUGAUGAACGAAGUGCUGAAUGGUAUCAAGGUUUUAAAACUGUAUGCAUGGGAAAAAUCUUUUAUUCGAAAAAUUUCCGGUAUUCGAGAAAAAGAGAUAAAGCUAUUAAAAUCUACAGCUAUGCUAGCUGCGGCAUCUAGUUUUGCUUGGUCCUGUGCUCCUUUCCUGGUUGCAUUAUGUACCUUUAGUGCAUAUGUUCUGUCUGGAAAUGAGUUAACUGCUGAAAAAGCGUUUGUUGGCCUAUCUUUGUUCAAUGUUUUACGUUUCCCGAUAAUGAUGUUUCCGAAUGUUAUCACUAAUGUAAUACAGGCUAGUGUAUCGAUUAAGCGAUUAUCUGCCUUUUUAAAAUAUGAUGAACUUGACCCGAACAAUGUACACGAUAUCAUGCCCCCAGCUCAUGAUGAUUCUGCAGUUUUAAUAAAUGAUGGUACUUUCACUUGGGGAGGAAACGACGAAUCUACAUGCCUGAAGAAGAUAAAUUUAAGAAUUCGCAAAGGAUCCCUUGUUGCAAUUGUUGGUCACGUAGGUAGUGGUAAAUCUUCACUGUUGUCCUCAAUACUAGGUGAAAUGCAGAAAGUGGAAGGAAGAGUCCAUGUUCAAGGCUCAGUUGCUUAUGUGCCACAACAAGCUUGGAUUCAGAAUGCUACUUUAAAAAACAACGUCUUGUUUGCAAGUGAAUAUUCACCACGUUACGAGAGGAUAAUAGAAGCGUGUGCAUUAGAAGAGGAUUUGGAGAUGUUACCUGCUGGGGAUUCAACUGAAAUUGGAGAAAAGGGCAUUAACUUAAGUGGCGGGCAGAAGCAGCGUGUCAGUUUAGCGCGGGCAGUUUUUAGCGAUGCAGAUAUUUUCCUCUUGGACGAUCCUCUUAGUGCAGUUGAUGCGCAUGUCGGCAAACACAUAUUUAAACAUGUUAUUGGACCAAACGGAGAGCUAAAGAAUAAGACUCGAUUGCUUGUGACUCACACUUUGGGAUUUCUACCUCAAGUUGAUCAAGUCGUAGUCAUUGACAAUGGCGUAAUAUCUGAGGUUGGCACUUAUGCGGAACUCUUAGCUAAGAAGGGAUCAUUUUCAGAAUUUGUAACAACUUUCACAAACACGGAAAUGAAUAAAUUACAAGAGGAACACCAUUCAGAUUUAACGGAAUUAAAGGAAAUAGAAAAAUCGAUGGACUUAACUAGAGCAGACUCUGUAUCAUCACUCGUAUCACGAAUCGAUAGUUUAAAACAAAGUAAGUUAUCUCUGAAUGAUGAUAAAGUUGCUGUAAUGAAACAAGUACAGGAGCUGAAUGAAAAAAAGAAGCUCAUUGAGGGUGAAAAAUCUGAAACUGGCCGAGUGCGGCUUGGCGUAUAUUUAAAAUAUGCAAAGUCCUUGGGAUAUGUACAGGCAUUGCUGGUAACCUUUUUUGCUGCAGCCACGCAGAUAUCUUCGGUUGGUACAAAUGUCUGGUUAGCCGAUUGGAGUUCAAAUCCGAACGCAUCAUCGCCUGUAAUUCGUGAUCGCUAUCUCGGAAUAUAUGGAGCCAUAGGAGCCGCUCAAGCGUUAUUUCAACUAUGUAGCAGCUUCUGUUUAGCAUACACUACACUUACAGCUGCUUAUCAUCUACACUCCAUCAUGCUUGAUCGCAUAAUGCGUUCACCGAUGUCAUUUUUCGAUACUACGCCUUUGGGAAGAAUUGUAAAUCGUUUUUCGAAAGACAUCUAUAUCAUAGAUGAAAUUCUACCAGUUAUUAUUAGAUCGUGUUUCAUGUGUGUAUUUUCUGUCUCCUCUACCAUAAUUAUUAUCUGCGUCUCUACCCCUAUUUUUCUCGCUAUUAUACCUCCAUUGGUAAUUAUGUACUUUUUUACGCAGAGGUUUUAUAUCGCAACUUCAAGACAACUAAAACGAAUUGAAUCUGUUAGUCGAUCACCUAUUUAUUCUCAUUUCGGAGAAACACUACAAGGCGUUGCAACAAUUCGUGCUUACAAAGUACAAACUGAUUUUAUCAAUGCAACUGACGAGAAAAUCGAUAAGAAUCAGAUGGCUUACUAUCCCAGCAUCUCAUCAAAUCGAUGGCUUGCAACUCGAUUAGAAUUUCUUGGUAAUUGUAUCGUGUUGUUUGCUUCAUUAUUUGCAGUCAUUGGUAGGAACUCAUUGCCGCCUGGUAUUGUUGGACUGUCAGUUUCUUAUGCCUUGCAAAUUACUCAAACUCUGAACUGGCUCGUACGGAUGAGUAGUGAAUUGGAAACUAAUAUCGUGUCAGUUGAACGUAUCAAGGAAUAUACUGAGAUACACACAGAGGCAGCAUGGGAUGUUCCCGAUAGCAAGCCUGAUAGCGAUUGGCCGACAGAAGGGAUAAUAUCAUUAGAAAAUUAUAAAGUUAGGUAUCGUGAAAACCUGGACUUGGUAUUGAAAGGCAUUAAUUGUAAGAUUGCAAGUGGAGAAAAGAUUGGUAUAGUCGGUCGUACUGGUGCUGGAAAGUCAUCGUUAACUUUAGCGUUAUUUCGAAUUCUUGAGGCAGCUGAAGGCAACAUAUCUAUAGACGGGAUUGACAUUUCAACAAUAGGCUUACAUGAUUUAAGGUCUCGUUUGACAAUAAUACCCCAGGACCCUGUUUUAUUCGCCGGUACGAUUAGAAUGAAUUUAGAUCCUUUUGACAUAUUUACUGAUGAAGAAGUAUGGUAUGCUCUGGAAUGUGCUCAUUUAAAAGGUUUCGUAGUGGGUCUUGAUAAAAAGUUAGAUAAUGAAGUAGCUGAAGGAGGGGAAAAUCUUAGCGCUGGUCAAAGGCAGUUGAUUUGCUUAGCUAGAGCAUUACUACGUAAAACUAAAGUGCUAAUUUUAGACGAAGCCACUGCGGCUGUAGACAUGGAAACAGAUGAUCUGAUUCAAGCAACUAUACGAACACAGUUUGCUAACUGCACAGUUUUAACGAUUGCCCAUCGCUUAAAUACGAUAAUGGAUAGCACCCGAGUGCUAGUCUUAGAUGCUGGACGUAUAAUCGAAUUCGAUACGCCAUCCGUUUUAAUGUCGGAUCCGGAAAGCGCAUUCUACGCCAUGGCUAAGGACGCUGGAUUAGUAUAA